UCCUCCUCCUCCCUCUCCUCCGGAACCCCGCUCCUCCGUCCGCCCUCCGCCCGCACCCUCUGGAUCGCCGACAACUGGACCUCCAUCCUCGGCGGCACCGUCUUCGUCCACUUCGCCCACUAUCAGUACCUCAACCGUAUCCGUACCCCAAACCCGAACCCCCUCAAGAAUGCCCGCUUCUGGGCUCUAGCCGGCGGCGGAUGGAUGCUCUCCUACCUCACCAUCACCACCGGAAUCGCCGUCGCGCAGGCAAAGGCUAACCACUACCGCGACCCCGAGACCCGUUUUCUCUACACCGACGAC